AUGGUUGCACAGUUCGAAAAGCGCCUGAACUCCCCGAGGCAUACUAACCCCAUAAAAGUAGAUUUUACCCCUAUUGAUAGGAAGGAAAAUGAUGGAAUCUCAAGAAAUCUGUCUUUUCAGUCAUCUUCUGACGACAAGACCCAGAAACUUGAUGAAUAUGAAUGGCUCACAGUCAUGGGAAAUUUCGUAGAUGCUUUACAUAACUUCCGGCACGCAUCCCGUUUACAAUUACCGCAAGGAAUAGGUGUCGACGUUGAGCCCGUGAAUAAUACGGGAAGAAAAAUUAAGAUUGCUCUGAUUGACGACGGCGUGAAUUUUCGACAUCCAAGCUUUUCAAAUCAAUUGCAACACGGAAAAUCCUUCGACAGCGGCGUGGGGACUAAUCAUAAAGUCCGGGGUGCGCCGGGGAGCCCAGUCCCCCACUACAGCUCAUUUACAACCCACGGAACUUUCAUGGCUCUGCAAAUCAAGAGAAUGUGCCCCGAUGCCUACAUCUAUGUUUUCAAGAUCGAUGUCAUCCCACGAGGUGACGAUCCACCGACCUUCAGAGCACAGAGUGCUGCAGAUGUGAGUACUAAGGAAACCUUCCAAAGUAUGUUCUUUACUGAUUGGAGAUUACAGGCCCUCGAAUCAGUUGUUCAGGGAGACUUCGAUAUAAUAUCAAUUUCUUGGACCAUUGUUAGAGAGAACGACGAAAUCGGAACGCAAAUUGACCGAAUUAAAAUCGCUCUUCAAGAGGCUGCUAAUAAGGCUCUUGUAUUUUGCUCCGCCCCAGACAUUGGAGCUUCCUUGGAUACACAGCGGCACUACCCGUAUAACUUUAAAGACGAUAGCAGAUCCCCAAUCAGAUCUCUAUUUCGGAUUGGUGCUGCCACUGCUAAAGGGAAAACACUCGAUUGGGCGGAUACACCAGUGGACUAUAUAUUGCCUGGGGAACGGGUCACUAUGCGAGAAGAUGAUCAAGUGUUCGAGUUGGAUAAAAAGCCUGAGACGGGUUCAUCCGUGGCCACUGCCCUCGCAGCUGGUCUCGCAGCACUGAUCAUUGAUUGCGUGCGCCUUGCUGCAGAUUAUAAUUCGAAUGGCCGCAUGACUGAAGAAAGAGUAACUCUUCUGGCCAAGAUUGGAACUCCUGAAGGGAUGACGACUGCAUUCAGAGCCAUCAAUGAUGGUAGAACAGGCGGUACGCUUGCUGUCGAAUCAUUCUUUCGGGAGAGGGCUAAAAAAUUGGAGAAUCAAGACAUCUCUGAGAAGGAAAAGUGGGAGAUGAUCGCUUCUAUGGCACGCCUAUUGGUCCCGGGCAGUUAG